AAUCUUUUGGAUUGCCUAUUUUGGUUAACAACAUUUUUUAAAACAUGCACAAUGUAGACCAUAAUGUUAAUUACUAGAAACUUAAUAUUUUUAUUAGCUCUAUGUAUUUUGUAGAAUACUUACCGAUAACUGUUUGAAGGUAAAAUUUGUGGAUUUGAAGUCAUGAUUUGUUGGUGAAUGUAAAACAACGAUGAGUCGCAGAUUUAAUAAAUUGCUAAAGGAUUCUGGCAUGGUCCUUUCUCAGCCAAGAACAAGAUCUACAUCUCAUUCAAAGGAUAUGAACACUCUUUGUCAAGACAUCAGUUUGGAAUUACUGUCAGUUGGUGGGACAACCGAUGGUGAAGGAGAGGACGAAGAAGAUGUAGAGAUAAGAGAGGACAAUAGAGAUGAACAAGCAGAGACGCAACCCAACACCGAUGUGGAUAAGAGAGCAGCUUGCAUUAUCAGUCAAAUUGAAAGAAACUCCACUCUAAUGACCAAUGACCCAUUGGCUGAACAACUAAGAAUAGAAACGCUAAAAGAGUUGACGCAGAGUUUGAGUGUAAAACGAACGGUGAGAGCAAAAUUGGUUCAAACUGUGAGCCAAAAAAAUAAAGUUCAUCCAAUUGGCUUUUUCAGGAGACUCAAGUAUCGUUUGAGUAUCGUUUUUACUAGGAUAAGAAUGUGGAUUCAUGAUUUAGUUUACGGCUAUGAGCUAUGGUACGGCAGUCUGAAAACAAUAGAAGGGCAUUUCGGCAGCGAUGUCGCUUCUUAUUUCAAGUUUCUACGGUGGCUUUUCCUUUAUAACUGUUUUGUUUUCAUUAUGAGCUUUAUAUUCGUCAUUAUACCUCAGGGCAUCUAUGUUGAGAAAUAUAAAAGGAAUGGAGUAGCACACGUUGACAAUAUCCUCACUUCAGUUUCUGACGUCAUGAGCAGUUCAAUAAACACACCUUCGAAAAACUUGUCACAAUUCUCACUUUCUGACUUCAUUACUGGAGAGGGAUUCUUUACAAACUCAACAAUGUAUUAUGGGUUUUAUACUGACCAGAGUCUAAAAAUUGGCUCUUUCAUUUAUUCUAUUCCGACGGCAUACUUUUUUACUGCCUUCUUCUCCUACUUAUUCGUCUUCAUAACACUAUCAAUUAGGAUGGCAAGGUCAUAUCGUAAAAGUUUCAUUGAAACUUCAGGUGGUGUAAAAAACGUCUAUGCGCUGAAAAUAAUCUGUGCAUGGGAUUUCAGUAUUGCAGACGAAAAUGCUGCUAAACUAAAAUCAGAGACACUAGCGCGCGAACUGAAGGAAAUGUUGACCGAUGACCUGAAAUCGUCGUACCAGAAGUCGAAAUCGAUGCGGCGCGUGUACAUAGUGGUGGUGCGUUGUGUUGUGAAUGUGCUGUUCUUUGUGAUGCUGGGAGGCACGGGCGUUCUAGUCUACACUCUCCUCAAUCGGCUGCUGCUCAACAAACUCAACAGUCACACCUCGGGCCUUGUCACAGCCAUCAUACCUGGCAAGUAUGCUCCAAAGUUGAGUUCUUCGGUGAAUGGCAUUGAUGGAGAUGAUGAGAGUGAGCGUGAUUGGCAGGUGGAUCCGAUCUUCAUGUCGUUCGUAGUCACCUUCCUGCUCAUCAUAAUGCCAUUGCUCUUCUCUUGGAUUGUCAGGUCAGCCAACAUUAUUUAUUCAUUUACGUUUGGUUUCAGUAACAGACAAUUUGAACAUUUACUUCCGGUUGCACAAUAUUAUCUAUUACAUUUCAACCGUAAUUAA